UACAAUGACAGACAGCCCGCCAGCGGCCACCCACCCCGCGACCACAGCCACUGCACUCUACGCGUCUCCCGUCUCCUGUGAUCGCCACGCACCGCGUCUCUUCACGCCCAUCGGCCAGUCAAAUCUCACCAAUUGCCAAUGCUUUUCCUAUUCCCUGCUUUCCUUUUCAUCGCCACAUCUCCAAUGACUGCCUCUCUCACCAUCAUCACCUCUUACAUUAUUUAAAACACCAAAAAGCAUGGGUGUCAAGGCAAGCCGUAAGGCUGUCUCCAGCAUCACAGCCGCCGCUUCCAAGACCAGCAGAGCACGCGUCUCCCGCUCAUCACCGUCACGCUCGUCCCAAGAAUCCGACUUUGCCAAUGACGCCGAACUCGACCAGCUAGAAGAAGACGAAGACGAACAAGAAGCACCGGCCGCCAAACGACGCAAAACAGCAAAGUCUGCCACCGCUGGCACAAUCAACGCUUACCGCGGCCUGCUCGCCCAGCAAGCCGCCGCCCCAGAUGCUCGCCCGACACUUGCUCCCACGCGAAAACACGCGCUCGGCUACCACACACCGCUGCUCCUCAACGGCGAUUUUGGCCGCGAGAACCGUGACGUUUUUCUGAAAUGGUUCGACUCCGUCUCGCUCGCCCGCGCUAUGCCCUGGCGACAACCGUGGAUCGACACCCGCAAGGUAGAGGAUGCGUCUAAGCUGCGCGCCAUGCUCGAGCGCCGUGCCUACCAGGUCUGGAUCAGCGAAAUCAUGCUCCAGCAGACCCGUGUUGCCGCUGUCAUUGAAUACUGGAACAAGUGGAUGGCCAAGUGGCCGACGAUUCAGGAGCUCGCGGCAGCUAGCUCCGACGAUGUGCUGGCGGCGUGGCGCGGUCUCGGAUACUAUAGCCGAGCAACGAGGAUUCACGAUGCCGCCAAGGCCGUCGUGGCUGAUAAAGUCAUGGACGGGCUGUUGCCGGACAAUGCGGCCGAUUUGGAGAGCAAGGUUGCCGGCGUGGGCAGGUACACGGCCGGUGCUAUCUCGUGCAUCGUCUUCGGUCGCCCGGCACCUAUGGUUGACGGCAACGUCUUGCGUGUGCUGAGCCGCCAGCUAGGAAUCUACGGAAACAUCAAGACCGACAAGGCUGUCAUUGACAUGAUUUGGGCUGCAGCCGAUGCCCUCGUCCGCGCUGUCGCCAAGGACGUCCCCGAGGGCGAGGAGUACUACGAGACAAGUGACAGACCAGGCCGCUGGGGCCAGGGCCUCAUGGAACUCGGAAGUACAGUAUGUACACCUAAACCAAACUGCGCCGAGUGCCCCAUCACCAAGACAUGUCGAGCAUACGCUGAAGGCGCGGCUUACACGGCCAAGACAAAGCCGCCGACGCUCACUGACAUUGAGGACAUGUGCACCGUAUGCGAGCCGUUUGAGGAGGACGAGGUCCAAGCGCCAGAGACGCCCUUACAGACGACCAAGAAGCAAGGGAAGCAAAUGACACUGGCUGCAUUUGCUUUUACUAAAGCGGCCCCAAAGCCUGUGGCGGCACCGGCGGCCGAACCCAAGGUCGAUGUGGAAAAGAGGGUCGAGUAUGCGAAAAAGUUCCCCGUCAAGGUUGCCAAGAAGGCCGUGCGUGUGGAGGAGACCCUUGUGUGUGCGAUUCGCCGCGCAGAUGGCCAGUAUCUCAUCCACCGCCGGCCUGAAAAGGGCCUGCUCGCUGGGCUGUGGGAGUUUCCUAGUAGUAUCCUGCCGACCAAUGACUUGGCGCCAGCGAAGCGCAAGCAGCUUGCAAAGGACCAUACGUCCAGUCUUGUCGGGAAGGAUGUCAAGUAUGUUGCGGAUCUCGGUAGCGUGCCGUGGUUAUUUUCGCAUAUUAAGCUCACUAUGCACGUGUACCUUUUUACUCUGGACGAAGGCGGCGACGUGGAUGCCAAAGAUAAGCGCUGGACAGAGGAUGUUGACAGCGAGUCCAUGGGCACGGGCAUGCGGAAGUGCUGGGAUCUUGUCAAGGAUGCGUAGGCAUAGUUGGUUGGUUUGAAAGGUCUUUUUGGGUUGGCCUGUCGGGCUUACCAUGUAUACUAUAUAAACGGCGUAUUUGUCUCUGGUGUAUAGGAGAGGUAUGAAGAGGACAAGGUUCAAUUUGGUGAAUAUCAUGAUGGAGAUGUACAUGUAUGCUAGUUUUAGCGAAAGCACCGAGGAUACCCGAUUCUUGUCAUUUUGUAAAUUCAAGAUGAUUUUUU